AUGAUGUGGGGUGACCAGGAAGCUGAGGUUGGAAAGAAGGACGAAUCAAGCCCAGGCGCCGGUGUAGAGGUGACGGGGACAUCUGGAUCCUCGUACUACCUUAUUUCUCCCUUCCUGGGUUUUGGGAAAUACCUGAAUAUGUGGAAUGCCAAUACCGGGCAGCCGGGGCCAAAUCCAUACCCCCCCAACGUCGGGUACCCUGGAGGUUCCAACCCUGUUCAUCCACCACCUGUCAAUCCUACUUUUCCUCCAGGCCCCUUUCCCAAUCACCCAGGAGUUCCCCAGGGGAAUCCCGCUUUCCCCCCAGGUGUACCCCCUCAACCUGUGCCACAACCAGGGUAUCCAGGAUGCCAACCUCCAGGACCCUACCCACCUCCUGGCUCCUACCCUCCUCCAUACCCACCACCUGCCCCUGGCAUGGCUUCUGUGAAUCCUUUGGUUCCUGGCUUGGUAGGACCAGGAAUGGUGAUGGACAAGAAGAUGCGGAAGAAAAUGAAGAAAGCUCAUAAAAAGACCCACAAACAACACAAGCAUGGCAAGCAUUCCUCCUCCUCCUCUUCCAGCAGUGACUCUGACUGA